UGCGGACCUUCAAGCUGAUAGCUGCCAUACCCACGGUCAUAAAUAACCCACUUUACAUUUUAAACAAAAAGAAAAUGAAAAGAAAUGAACGUCUUAUCAAUAAGCCAUGAUUCGUUUGCACGUUAGGUUUACUCAUACGUACGUACACCGAGUCAAUUGGCCCCGGAUUUGAUUUUGCCUGAUUUAGUGCUCAAAGAACUUUCAACAAUUUUGCACGCUCUACAGGGAAUUGCUCUGCGAAGUAUAAUGGGUUGUUGUUUGGCCACAAGUAAAUCUGUUGAUUUACCUCCCGUUCCCCCGGCUCCGGGAAAACAGCGUUCCACUCUGCCGGAGUUCCCUGUGCCCACCACAUCGGCCCCAGUAGGAGGAGGAGGACCCAGUGGAGCUACGAAUGCAGCGCUGGAGGAUGAUUAGUUAGCCAAUGAACAAUUCAAAAGAAAGGAAGCGAUUACGUAGAAGGAAAAACUUGAAACUGCCAAAUGGGAAAAAACCGUUCGCAUGAGUCAUAUGCCCAUGCGGCAUGCGACUCUUGAACUAGCGCUCAGUGUUUAAGACCAACUGUAUUUGUACGUUAAACUGAUUAUAUCUAUUCUCAAUACGAUCUUA